AUCUCUGAGCCAAGCUCCCACCUCCCCACUAUCCUCUCUGAUACUCCCCCAACCAACACUGGAGUAAAGCUGUCCUUGCUGAUGAUUGGAGGGUCAAAUGCGUGUACCAGCAGCUAUGGACCAGCAUCUGACCAAUUCUCUCGAUGAGCUUGUAGAACAUGAGCUGAGGAAGUUUAAGAGGAAACUAUACCACAUUGCACUAAAGAAAUGUUAUAAGCCCAUUCCUUGGGGAAAAUUGGAACCCGCCCACUGCGAUGAUCUUGCUCAAAUGCUGGUCAAGUAUUACGGAGAAAAGUAUGCCCUGGAAGUUACUUUGAAGGUUCUAAAAGCCAUUCACCAGCAAGAUGUGGCCAACCUACUCCUUAAGAAAAUCCAACAGGAAGGAAGUGAUGAAAAUGAAGAUGACAAAGACGAAAGUGACGAGGGUGAAAGCGAUGAAGACGAAACAGAUGAUGAUGAAGAGGAUGAAAGUGAUGAAGAUGAUGAAACAGAUGAUGAUGAAGAGGAGGAGUAAGAUGUCAAAGGAAAGCACUGGGAAAAAAGAGAUGAUGAAGAUGAUAUAGAAAAAUAAAAUCUUACACUCAGC